AUGUUUUUAGUCCGUCCAUUUUUUUCAGUGUAAAAGCGUGGGAUUCUAUUCUGCCAUACUUUACUGUAACACUGCCAUUCUACAGAAACUUGUGAUAACGGUGUUGUUUGUAAAAUUAUUUUGUUUUAAAAGUAAUAGUAUUAAACAUGUUGGCAACGGUUAAACAUUUACUCGCUCGGAAGCGUAUUGUAUUGGCAAGCAGUUCUCCUCGACGCCAACAGCUGAUAAGGUCCAUUGGACUCGAUAUUGAGUUGUGUCCAUCAAAUUUCGAGGAAAACUUGGACUAUCAUGAUUUUAAAGAGUUCGCUGAGUUCGUUGAAACCACAGCGGAUGGCAAAGCUGAAGAGGUCUAUCAACGAUUGCAUGCUGCUGAUCCUACAGCGGAUUUAUUGGUUAUAGGCGCUGACACAAUGGUCACAAUGGGUGAAGAGGUUUAUGGCAAGCCGAAGGAUGCGGCCGAUGCUGUACGCAUGCUGACCAAUCUCUCUGGCAAAUGCAAUCGCACUCAUACGGGUAUUUCCUUGCGUCACAGUAAAGGUAGACGACAUUUUACUGAAACCACUGAUGUAUAUUUCGGUGUAUUGACCAAAGAACAAAUACAGGACUACGUUGAUAGCGGUGAGCCGCUCGAUAAAGCCGGUGCCUAUGGCAUACAAGGAAUUGGUGGCUCUUUGAUUGAAAAAAUUGAAGGUGAUUAUUACUGUGUAAUGGGUUUGCCAUUACAUCGCCUGUGCAAGGAAAUAUGCGCCUUGCUUGAGGACACCCAAAAUGACUGCCCACCAGAAAAGAAAGCUAGAGAAGAGUGAUGUGUACAAUGGAUGCUAGUUAAUUUAUUUGCUGCCGUUUUAUAUGAAACCCACAGAAGCUAUGUUUUAUGUGAUCACUUUAAAUACUAAUGUGUUAAAAGCUAUGCAAAGUGUUGAAAUACAAAGAAUAUUUUGUGUGCAAUAAAUAUUUAUGAGUGAGAUAUGCAAUUAU